UAAACAUGGAGGCCAAGUGUUGUGCUCUCAAGUGAACCAACUGCGUUUAUCUUUGCAUUACAGGAUUUUAAUAUAUAGUUGAGACGAUGUUAUUCUUGUGUAUCCAGUGAUAUAAUGCGGGAAUUUAUGCAGUUGGACUUGGAAACAUCUUGACCAACCUUGAAAAAUGGGUACUGAAGUACCAAAGACCCAUGAUUCAAGUGGCGAUUCGGAUUCAAAUACAGAUUCAGAGAACAGCAGUUCCAGUGAAUCAUCAGGAAGUGAAUUUGAAUGUUCAGGAGCUAAGCAGACUUCUACUUCUAAGCCCCACUUCUCCGUUACAUCCUGUGACACCGGACUGAGGCUCAAAAUAGCUGCAAUUCCUGCACGGAAGGUUUCACCUAGAAGAAGCGCUAAGCCCUCUGUCAAGACGAAACCUUCAGAUGCAACAGACACCAAAAAAUCAAAAGUUAAGAAGAAAACAUCAAAAUUGUCUGAUAGCAGUUCAAGUUCGGAGUCUUGCAGCAAAUGUUCAUCAGAUUCCUCAAGUGAUGAUGAUUUGCCUCUAAAAGUUGUAUCUAAAUCAUUGCCUAAAUGUGGACAGAAGGGAAGGACCGCCACAUCUAAGAGUGAUAGUGAGGAUGACAAGAAACUGAGUGAGGCGAUUAAGGACAUCAAGGCUUCCAAGGAGAAGCCGAGUGUUGCAAAGACUAGUAAUGCAGUGAAAAAGACUAAAAGUGAUGAUCCUGUAGAAGAGGCGCCUGUGAAGAAGGGAAGGGGCCGGCCGCGCACCAAGUUCGCGUCACAAACUCCAGAGAGCGCAGUUAGCAGCACGUCAUCGUCGUCGUCUUCCUCGUCCUCCUCGUCGUCCUCGUCCUCCGACUCGGACUCGGCCGAGGCCGCGGGCUCGCACGCCUCCCCGGACGACUCCAGCGCUGCCCUCGUCGCUGCUUGCCAGCUCCAGGUUAUCGAUGAUGCGGACCUCGCGGAACUAUUUCCGGAACAAACAUCGAGCGCGGCGACGCAGCAGCCCAACUUCCCCGCGUUCGUCGGCGCCGCGACGGCUGACAACGAUGACAAAUCCAUCGCCGAUAAUGGAGACGGGUCGAGUAGCGAAAUGGAGCUCACGCCGCAGCUAGUGACGGCCGCGAUACAGAGGGCGACGGCGGACUCGUCGGGCUCGGAGAACGAGUGCUCCAACCCGGGCGUCCCGCACCCGAGCACCACGCAUUACGCGUCCAGUCUGCUGCAGCAGUUCAACGCGCAAACGCAGCUGCUCAGCAGCAGCGCCGCGCCCCUCCCCGCCGCCUGCGCGCUGCCCGCCACCCCCAUCGAGGGCGUCGCCACCGUCAGCGACUGCGUCCUGGGCCAAAUAAACACCUUGCCCGACAUACCGCCUAUAGCAACUAACUUCCUACACCCCACGCAGCAUCUCAGCCCCCAACAAACGGAGGAGCUCUCCCAAAUCAAUCAAGAUCUCGAAGAGAUCACUUGUGUCACAGAGUCGGUGGGGAUAUCGAUACCUAAUCCGCCCAGUCUCGAAGACUGCGUGGACAAUAAUGACUUUAUGAAUAUAGAUAUUACACAGGGUAGCUCGGAGCUCGGAACCGCAAGUGAUAUGUUGAAAUGCUCUUCUUUAUCUGUAGUUAGUUCUGAUAUAAAUCCAAUGAGUCAUAUUGAUCCUCAGAAGUUAGAUACGAUCAGCACAAACUCUGUUGAAUCUCAAGAAGAUGUUAAAAAUGUUAUUGUAGAAUCUAGAAGAAAACGAGGGCGACCUCGGAAAGUUAGAGAACCCGCAAACGAUUUCAGGAGCAAAGCGGCUGAAUCUCACGGAGAAGGAAAGUCUGUACUAAUGGGUAUGAACGAUUUUCAUAAUAAUGAUCCGCCUAACGUUUCUCCCGAUUCCGGUAUACUUUCCAAUCACAAUUCUCCUACACAUUCCCCGCUCCGGCGACACGACAUCGAGGAGCCGCACGGCAGGCAGAGCAGGAAGUCCGUGCAGAAAGAAAACAACACGAGGGAAAGGAGAAACAUGAGAUCCAAAUCUGCGAGUAGAAAUACUGCGCAUCACCUGCGUUCCGACUCCAGUGACAGCGAAUAUCAAAAGAAGAGGAUAGAAAAUGAAAUCAAACAAAUCAAAACGGAAGCGCCCUCGCCAGUCCCGUUAAAGCAAGAACAGAAUAAGUUCGAGAAGGCUAAGAAAAAUGACCACAAGCUAGAUAUAGCCGCUCUUGAUAGAAUGCUUUACGCGACUGAUCGAGUGCUAUAUCCGCCAAGAAAGAAGGUCGGCAGAAAACCUAUAAAUAAAACAAAAUCUGCAAAAAAUACUAAAGCAUCGAAAGAUAAAAACCACUACGACUCUGCCGAUAGCGAAGAGGAGUCCACGCCCGCCAACAGGUCCGUCCUAUCAGGAGUUUAUGCGAAACGUAAAGAAGUUAACAGCAAAUUGGCGAGCCUCCCCAAGAAGAAUACUAAGUCGUUCACCAACACGUGGAGAGAUCAUCAGAGUGAAAACGAAGCGGCCGCUGAUGACCCCUUGGACCCGACGUGGAAAGAAAUCGAUCUUAACCCCAAAUAUAAAGAUAUUUUGUCCGGCUACAAAAGCGAUCACGAGUUCAAACCAUACAAGAGCUGCAGCAGGCUGAUGGAGUCCGGUUACAAAAGUGACUACGGGUGUAGAUCGGGUUACAAGAGCGACUACUAUCGCUCCGGUUACAAAAGUGACCACAAAUCUGGGUACAAGAGCGACAAGUCCGGUUACAAAACUGAUUACAGCGUCAGGAGUAUGAGACGGCGCAUGAGAAAACUCAAGAAAACGAGAUCAGUGAGAGACAGGUCUUAUUACAAAAACCAAAAACAUUUCGUCUCCGAUCAAGAGAUUCUAUCAUUAGCUAACAAAACAUUUAGUAGUCUCACACUUGGCCACAGUUCAAGUGACUCAGAUUGUGAAAGUUACUUGAGAAAACCCAAUGCUAGUCCCAAAUAUGUCAGUGUUUGUACUAAAUACCCAGUGCAAUCAAAGUAUAGCUUUGGUUUCUCGAAAAUGAACCGUAAACAUGUACUUCGAUUGAAUUCCUCGGACCCCUUUGCGCCGGGCCCGGUGUUCAGUGGCCUGCAGAGGCCGGUCACCACAUAUAAUAUAUUCAAAGUCAGCCACAAUAACAAUAAUAUUCUUCUGAAAUCUCCAUCAAAAUCGAAUCAUUCCGGACGCAAUUUGCCUGGACUGAAACCGACAUUUACGCAUAAAUUUGGAGCGCUGCCAAUCUGUACAGUUUCGAAAUCGCACGGAUCUAAAAGCAAUUCUAAAACGUCUCCGAAAAAGUUGAAAAAUUCAAAUACGCCGUUCUCGCAAAAUGCGAAAAAGAAAGUCACGCCAAACAAAUUCCUAAUGUUUUCGAAGGUGCCAAAAAUACCUACAUUCCAAAUAAAUCACUCACCAGAAAUGUUUUUCUAAAUGUGGAAGACGCAGAUGAAGCCGUUCUUGCAUGUUCGGAAACAUAGAAGGACUGUAGUCCUAGCGCCGCCUAAAAUAAAUUUAAAACCUUCGGAAAGGCCUUCAAGAAUUACCAUCAAAACCGAGAACAAACAUCAUAGGCAUCGAAGUAGAAGAAGACAUCGAUCGAGAUCAGUGUCACGAUGUCGAGAGUCAUACACAAAAUCUAUAGACACGAUAGAUCAAAAAUUCACUCAGGACAUGGACAGUUUAAUAGGGAACUUUAUCAAAUUGUGUCAAAUAGCCCCAAAACUAAUAACCGGCAUUGGCACGCCUCCGGUAAAAAGUGUCGACAAACCUCCGCCUGAACCAGCAGCCGCCACUAAAGUGGUCAAAAGGGGCUCCAAGAAAAGAAAGACAUCUGACAACCAAGAAACGGUCACUCUCACUACGAAACGAAGGCACAAAAAACAGUUAACAGAAUCUCAAAGCAAGGGCGGUAAGGACACCAAUGAACACAAAUUACCUCUUAAAAAGAGACAUUACCACAUUAAUUCAUCCACAAGCAACUCUUUAAGUUUGAGUCUAGUUACAGCUGAGUUUGACGAAAACUUGAAAAGUGGAACUAAUCCUGAACAAUUUCUGUGUACAGAGACUGAUUGCAUGGGAGAAUUGCGCAACAGUCAGCAAGAUUCUCCAAAACCAAAGGUUUCACACGAGAAGGCUAAAAAGGGUUCUGAAAAUAUCAAAGGUGCUCCAACUUUAGGAGCUAGUCAAGAAACUAAAUCACAAAACUCUGAAGCUACAGUUAAGGUGUCAAAAACUACAUUUAGUUCUGUCACUGAUAACCUAGUCGUGAAAGUCGACGAAAGCAGUCCGUGCCUAAGUAAAAAUCACUCGCCAAAUUCCUUGAACGCCACUGAUGAUGAGCUCUCUAUCAAGAAACCAAGUGCUGAACAGUCCGAAUUAUCGAAAAGAAUUUUUGAAACAUCUGAAAAGCUCAAAGCGGUUCACAAAAUAGUUCACGAUUUAGAGAAAUCAUUGCCUAAAACUAAGGAAUCUGACAUCAAAACAGAAACAUUGAAAAUGGACACACACAGAGUUUCUUCGCCUAGAUCUGAAAGAAAAGUCUCCCCAGUCCGCCAUACUGCACCUAUUGUGACGCCAAAGAAGCGACAUAGACUAGAGGCCGACAAGAUCAUAUCCAACUCUAGCCUGGACCAAGUUGUACAAUCGUUGUCUAAAAAGUUAGCAGAAGACAAAACUUCUAGCGCAAAUAUUUGUAAAGACGUCAAUCAAAACAACUCUAAAGAAGAGAUAAAAGACGACCAGAAAUCUGAAUCCGUAUCCCCUCCUAAUGAAUCCGCGAACAAUUCUAGUUCCGAUCCAUUGAAAACCAUGUCAGCUCGAUCGUUGUAUAAAAGUUCAAUACUGCCUGCACAGAAAUCAGAAAUAAUGACUCGCAAGAAAAAUAGGUUAGAAGGCCUAACAAGUAAUUUAGUUUCAAAGAUAAAUCCAAGUGCAGCGACAAAGGUGUUAGAUACACUUUUGAACAACAAUAUUCGAAAAUCAAUAGAGUCCCGUAUCCUUGAAAAAGAGAAGGUAAAUUCAGAUCCAGUAAAGUCAUUAGACGACAAAGGUAGAGUGAAAGAAGUGGCGCAAAUAAGCACUAGAGCGACUGUUAUUAAAUCCCCUGUGUCCAAAGGAAAGGUAAUUGACACCAAAAAGGCAAAAGUAUCGGAUUUGGCUGCCGAACAAUCCUCAGUUGUCAACAUCGACAAACCAACCGGCAUUUUCGAGCCAUCGGUCGAUUUGGAAGAUCAAAUACCGAAGUCGUCUAUUUGCGUCUCGAAUGCAUUAGGAGAUUCAAAGUCUAGAUUAAAAUCUAAAAGUUCUGACAACAAAGGUAUGGCGUCUCUCCUUGCGCCGAUAGACACCGAGUUGGAAAUCCCAUUGCCUUUAAUUUCCGAGACUCCGGAACCGAUUAUCAGACCGAAGCGAGGGGAGUCUAUAGCGUCCGUAUUGUCGGAUAAAAUCCAGGAAACGAGUAGCCACAACUUACGCCAACCCAAGAGAAAUCUAAACAAUGAGAAUGAUGACGGGCGUGAUAAGAAGAAAAAGAAAACCAUUAACAACAUUAUAAAAGAAAGCAAACUCUCCAUGUUAUCAACCAAACUGCUAGUCCCUAAGAUUCAAGCAGAGAAGCUGUCUAUGGCCGAGUGCAUGAAGAAAAUGAACUUCCCAGAGAAGAAACCCGAAGUCACCGAUUCCAGCGACAGCAAAACAGUUGAAACAUCGAAGAAAAAGACAAGGAGGCGGAAAGCUAUAAACAGAACUGGUUUUCCAAGCGUCAAGAGGAAAAAGAAGAAAUUAGACCCUAAUAGUCAGAACGCGGCGUCUGACAGCCAUCUAACAUCCGAGGACACUGAUAACAACUCCGCGUUUGACAGAGUGCCUAAAGAUGGAGAAGCGAUGAACAGCUUCUUGGAACGGACUACUAACAAGCCGGAACUGAAAGUAGUACUAAAUAAAAAAGAUGAAUGUCCGAGGCAGCAGGCCCGCCUCACAGUUGUAGCUCUUGAAAAACUACAAGGAAAGGUCGUCAAUGAAAACAAUAAUAAAACUGCUGGCAGUGCAUUGACUCUCAACACAGCUAAAAAGAGCAACAGUUCAUCCAUCUUGAGAGCUCCUGCUUUACAACUGAAACAAACUAAGACUGACAAGGAAAUUAAAAAUCACGUAAAUAAAUGGGAAGUGAUGAGUGAGACGGAUAGCAUACCGUCGCUCGCUAGCUCACUCGGUAACGACCCUGAAGACAGCAUACCCCUCAGUUUACUUAACCUGAAAGCCGACAGGCCGGCAAGUCAGAUGGAAGGCUUGAAACGCAAGACUCGAGCAAUGUCUCCCUCUCAAGAAAUCGACGAAAUACUUACCAAGAGGAAAAAUGUCGAGAAAAACAGCAAAGUAGGUUUGCGGCCAAAAUCAAGCUUGGCCGUGUUAUACCCGUGCGAAAGGCGAUUAACUAGAAGUUCGGACAACAACGAAGAAGGAAAGAGCAAAGCCAAGACCGACCACAAACUGGAAACCCCUAAAGAAACACCGGCCAAAUCUAUUAAACCAUCUAUAACAACCAGGAGAAAGUCGCGCUCGUGUCAAAUGAACAAGAAAAUCGGCGAAGUCCACUCGAGUUCACGAGAAAGUUCACUAGACACGGUCACAAGUCGGAAGCCAUGCUCCAAAUCUCGCGAGCCAUCUGUAGACACUUUACGAGAUCACGACGAGAACGACCCGCUGCCACUGCACGAGAAAGAGAUAGACUUCGAGAAGAGUAUCGAUGUUUUAUCGAAGAGUAUCAUCAGUAAGAAGCGGGUGGCGUCAUCGAGGGACGACAGCCCGGCCGGUAGCGACCGGGAAAAGCCUGUAUCCAAGCGGAACCCGCGGUUGAGGAAGAAGUUCCUUGUUGCUGGAUUGUUCUCCGACUACUAUAAGGAAGAUAACAAGCCAUCGGGCAAGACCAAGGUCGUAACUACAGCCGGGGCAGUAAUACCUUCCGGAUUGCUCGCUCCGCCUCCCUACUGCGAACGCUGGGUCCGACGCCGUGCACAACCCUACGCGUUGCCUUAUGACAUCUGGUGGCAACACCACUACAACCAGCCAGUGCCUUCGUGGAACUACAAGAAGAUCCGCACAAAUGUUUACUACGAUGUGAAGCCGUCAGCGGAAGAGUGCGAGAGCGUGGCUUGCAACUGCGCACCGGCCUCGCGCUGCAAUGAGGACUGCAUCAACCGGCUUGUUUACGCUGAAUGUUCACCGCAGCUGUGCCCUUGCGGGGACCUGUGCAAGAACCAGCGAAUUCAACGGCACGAAUGGGCCGGCGCUUUGGAACGCUUCAUGACGGAGAGCAAGGGCUGGGGCGUGCGCUGCAAGCAACCCAUCGCUUCUGGCGACUUCAUACUAGAGUACGUCGGCGAAGUCGUGUCCGAUAAGGAGUUCAAGGAGCGCAUGGCGACCCGCUACGCCCGCGACACGCACCACUACUGCUUGCACCUGGACGGCGGGCUCGUCAUCGACGGCCACCGCAUGGGCGGCGACGGCCGCUUCGUCAACCACUCCUGCCGGCCGAACUGCGAGAUGCAGAAGUGGACCGCCAACGGCACGUUCAGAAUGGCGCUGUUCGCGCUACGGGACAUCGAACCGGGAGAGGAGCUGACGUACGACUACAACUUCUCGCUGUUCAACCCGGCCGUGGGACAGCCAUGCAAAUGCGAUUCCGAAGACUGCCGCGGUGUAAUAGGCGGUAAAUCCCAACGUAUAACCAAACUCCCCGUCAAGACGCAAGCGCGCACCGCCUCCAACGCCUCCAACCAGUCGCAGGGCUCCACCAGCCAACCGCGCGUCGGCCGCCCGCGCAAAGCCGUCAAGUGCAACAAGAAGUCUGAGCAAGCUAGUUUGACGGCGUGUGAGAUCAAGAAUAUGACGAUACUGAAGUAUCAGCAGCACUUGAAUAAGCUGUGGCAGGAGCCACCGGUCAAACCGCUGACGGCGAAGGAGAGGAAUUUGGUGAAGGAGAGACACUGCUUCUUGUUUAGGAAUUUGGAGAGUGUUCGCCGCACUCGCGACCGCUUGUCGCUAGCGCUGCCCCCCGCUUCCCCGCCACCCGCGACAGCGCCCGCGCCCGCGCCCGCUCCCGCGCCCGCCGCCGCCGUGACACUCGUCAACCCGCUCGAGCUGCCCGACACCAUGUGCCCAGACUUGUUCGCAAGGAGACUGCAAGCGUUACGUGCGCCCAAGGACCAACUAGCCAAGCUCAUCCACCCGGAGGAUGAUACUAGCAAAACCAAGAAGGAGAGGCUGGCGGCGGUGUUCCAGGCGCUAUACGACCAUGUUGUCGCAGUCACGGAUGACAAAGACAAGUCGCUCUGCACGCCGCUGCUCAAAGCCAAAUGCGCACAGAGCAACGAACCCCUCUGCGACCUUCCCGGCAUUGCAUCCAACAUAGCGGCCAGGCGAUACGACAGCGCGGCGCAGUUCGAUGCUGAUAUGAACGCCGUCUUCUCAAACGUGACGAGAGAGCAUGGGCGCAUGUCCGCACUCGGCUCCAUUGCCGUCACUUUAAAGAAGGAGUACAACCUCGCCAAAGCGGAAUUCGUGGAGCUGCUUAACAAGAUCCUUGGGCCCGAUGAUCCAUUGCCAGCUGGAUUUGUACAGAAGGCCAAGCAAGAGGAGGUGAUAAUGUGCAUAUGCGGGCUGCACGUGGAGGAGGGGCUGAUGGUGCAGUGCGGCGCGUGCGGCGUGUGGCAGCACGCGCGCUGCAUGCGCGUGCGCGACACGCGCGCCGCGCACUACUGCCAGCUGUGCCACAAGGGCAAGCACCAGGUGGACCGCGAGAUCCCCCUCGAAGAGUGGACAGAGGAAGGCCACCAGUUCUACGUGUCACUCAUGCGCGGCGCGCUACAAGUCCGCCAAGGCGACACCGUCUACGUACUGCGGGACAUCCCUAUCGACGCCAACAGGCCUGACCUCAGCCAGGCUCAGGGCAAAGACGAGGCUAAGACCAAGCGGCCCGAACGCAAGCUCAAACAGCUGAAGGGGAAGGAAGAUGCUGCUGCUAAUAAAGAAACAUCAGUCCGCAAGCACACGUACCAGACAAUCGGGUCCAUCCCGGUGUCGGAGCUGGACAUCUUCCGCGUGGAGCGGCUGUGGAAGCACAAGGACACGCAGGAGCGCUUCGUGUACGGCCACCACUACCUGCGCCCGCACGAGACCUUCCACGAGCCCACGAGAAAGUUCUUCCACAAUGAGGUGAUGAGAGUUCCGCUGUACGAGGCGGUGCCCAUCGAACUGGUCAUGUCUCAGUGUUGGGUCAUGGACCUCAACACAUACUGCAAGGGUCGGCCACUAGGCGCGCGCGAGGAGCACGUGUACAUCUGCGAGCUGCGCGUGGACCGCGGCGCACGGCUCUUCACCAAGAUCUCGCGGCCCAAGUACCCCAUCUGCACCAAGCCCUACGCCUUCGACCACUUCCCGCAGCGGCUCAAGAUCACGCGCACAUACGCUCCUCACGAAGUGUCACCUGAAUACCUAAAAGGGCGCGCGGCCAAGAACGCGGCCCCGGCCGACAAGAACAAGCCAGCUAACAAGGAGGCGAGUAAGAAAAAGCUACCCGCCAUCGCCUACGCCGACACCAGUAAGAACUGUUCUUCGGGCGCGCGUCGGGAGCGGCAGAAGGAGCGCGUGAACGGCAUCGCGCGGCGCCUGCUCGCGCGCGGCGGCGGCGCGCGCGCGCUCGACGCCUCCUACCUGCUGCGGCCCGCUGUCUGUCGCGCGCGCGCGCCCUGACCGCGCCGCUGUCCGUGCUGCGACACUACGAGGACCGACACAAAACUACGCACGAACUGUCUGGCCGUGUCCAGGAGACGAUCUUUACCGUCGAGAACGAGUCGACUGCGUUCCGAACGGUCCCCGCUCCUAUUCUACAGGAGAGGUGAUACGAGAAAGACGCGAAGAGAGUGAGAACCUUAUACCCGCGACGGUGAAAAAUUGUGUAAAAUCAUUCGAUUUUCAUUUAGUCUUCUAGCGCUCCGGACGUUCCGCAAAACGAAUACUGUUUAAUAGGAAUGAUCGACCUGUAAAAAAGAAUCUAAAAAGUGGGGACGAUAAUUAACACAUUUGUAAAUUCGAUGAGUAACAUUAAAAUAUAUCCGUAUAAGUACGUGUAUCGAAAUGUACCCGCGCCGCACGUAUACAAUUAUCUACGUCAUACGACAGAUACUAUAAACGAGGUUGAGAAAACAUUUCACAUACUAAAUAGGUACAUAAAUACGCGUCUGUUUUCGCAUGACAUUUCAUUUCCGAUACAAAUAUUUAACAUACCGUCUAUAUGUAAGUACUAAGAUAAUUCAAACAUGCCUAUAUUGUAUAUGUACAUCCUUAAAUGUAUAUAGAAAUCUAAUAAUUAGGCGACGCGACGCUUAAAAAGUGCACAAUACGUAGCAGCUGUUAGAUAGUAAAUCUCUUGUUGAUUUGAUACUUAGGUAGAUCUUGCAUAAUACGUACUUAAAAGUACAUAACUCUUCCGAUAAACGUUUACUUAGCGUAUAUUUUCGACAUGAAUCCCAUCUUUGAUAGUGUUUAUAUACAUUUGUUUUAAUUGAAUGUAAGUAAUCGAUGAGAACGGGGGAACGUUGGCAGUUUCCGUGGCGGCUGGUCAUCCGUGGUUAGAAAGUUUCGUAACAUUCCUCUGAGAGACGAUAAGAUGCCGGCAGGAUGAACGGAGAAUCUCUCAUAUGUAGUGUACGAGUAUGUAGUGUAGGUACUUGUAAUGGUGUCGUACUCGAUGGUAUAAAGUAUUUUUGUAUAAAAUAAUUAUUAUUCGCUAGAUAACAUAAGGUAUGUUUGAGUGACAUGCAUGCCGUGUGUCUGAUAACGUUAGGUUCUCUCUCGCCUAGUUUGCUUUGGUUAUUAAUUUAUUUACAUCACGAGUAAGGUUUUGAUAAGAUGUUGUAUUUACGUGUGUAAUCUCGAGUAUAUUUUUAGCGAGGUAAAAUACAUGCUCCGUGCGCCUUUCGCGUACCGACAUGCCUAUAGACUGCAUUUCUGUUGAUUCAGAUGCGGCGAAAUCCUUGUUUAAAUCAGAUACAAUAUAAGUAAUAGUUAUAUUUUUACAUUAGUAAAUAUUGUUAUAGUUUUAAGUGUAGCCGUGUAGAGUAAUCGAAUACUAGUUAACGACCAGUGGUGCGAACUGAUGUUGAAUGUUGCAGAGUUUAGAUAGAGGUUACGAGAGGGCGUUGUUUGGCGGGUUGUUCAUUUAGUGCUAGCGUUUUAUUCUUUUUAAUCAUCUUCAGUUGAAUUCGAGCGAUGAUUUCUAAGAAUACUAUUCAGUAGUCUGGUCAUUUUUAUGAAUUGUGUUUCGAGUACUUUUAGUGGUAGAUCACGAUUUAAUCUCUCUAUUUUUCUAUUAUACUUUUGAUAAGUUGUACAUAAAGUUAGCGGGUAAGGAGGUUGAUUGUUUUGUGUUAAAUGCGGAAAAUAAUAUAUUGCUUGAUCUUGAGUUAGUGUGUAAGAUUCUCUGCUUGUUACGGUCUCGCGCGCCUUGCUGUUGUGAUCACAGAGAACAAAAUUGUUUUUGUUUCUAAUUUAUUUGUAAAAUACUGUUAGCUUUUUACACCUGCUUACUUUUUAUCUUAUUUAUCUUCUAUUCGACUUUUACAAGCUAAUUUUAUACUGCUUUUGCGUGUUUUUUUAAUAGAGAAAUGUAAUGUUAUCAAUAGAAUUAGAUGAUUGAUCCCAAAAUCAUUUAAACUGCAGCAUAGUUUAUAAUAAUGAAUUAAUGACUCGUAUGGACUGGUGAUCAUUCGAUUUAUCAUUUACUAGUAUUGAUUACUGAUCUUAAGUAAAAUACAAAUGAUAGAGUGCACUUAGACGAUUAAUAGAAUUAUUGCUGUUGACAUCUGUAUCUGUAAAUAUAUUGACAUUGAGCCACAAAUAUCGAAAUAUUUUACGAUCACUGAUUUUCAGAAUGCACAUGUACUUAGAGUUUUGCCUUGUAGAUAAAUAAAAAUAGUUCAAGUUAUGAAUUAACCAUAUCUUCUACUGCACUUGCAUUCAGAUGUACUUAAUUAGUUUUAAUAGUUUAUUAGAGUUAAUAGCUUGUGGAUGGACAUUACUUUAGUUUGUAUAACUUUUGGGAUCAAAAUAAUCUAUCCGGUUUCGGCAACCUAAAUUGAUUAGAUCUAUUCUUUCCGAUGAUUUUAUGAUAUAUCGAGCAGCUUUACUAUUUAUAUCAUUUGUUUUAAGAUGCCAUUUGUUGUAACUCAUGUUUUAAUAUUAAAUUAAAAUCUGGAUCAAA